GAUCCUGAUCCAAACAUUUUUUAUCACUAUAUAUUAUAUAUAUUUAUCCCUUGUUUUUCGUCUCGCCUUUACUCUGCUCGGAUGCUCUCGAUCUGCUACAUCGGGACUUUCUACCAGAUUGAUGAACGGGCAACUCGGGGCCAGUUGCGGUACCGUACGGUGCAGUACCGGUAACCUGCUAUAAUACGACACUGCUAUUGGCGAUCAUGGUGAUGACGAACAUGGUAUGGUGUGGUUGUGAGCAGGAUACAGGGAGGUGCCGUUCCUGACUCUACGAGUACUGGACGGGCCUGUACCCACCUGUCACCGACAACCAGGCUGCAAGGGGGGUGUCAUCGCUUCCUUCUCUCAGGAUAGAAUACCGGUAGUACGGGAGUGUCUUAUCAUAUCCAUGGAGAGACUCUGUUGUCAGCAAGCCGAGAGCCUUGCGUUACCGGGAACUCUUUGAACAUUAUUGACCGCCCGACGGCGCGCACCUUUCUGACGCCUCGGUGCUGGCUUUCUGUUAGCAUAUCUUCAGCUGCGAUCCCUCCAUCCACCCAUCCCUCCAGGUCCCAGAGAUAACGACUGGGAGGUCCCUUCGCUUCCUGUAUUUCAAAAAGCAUACCAACACUUCCCCAUUGCUCUCCUCCUGGUUGGCAGUCAGACAAUCCUCAUCCCCGAUAUCGGCUUCCAUUGGCCCAACGGAACUGAUGGAUCCCUUCUUUUCCACCUGGACGAGCUCCUCGCUUUCCAAGCAGCAUCACUUCACUUCUCCGGCUUCCGUCGACUUUAAUACCUGGUACGAUUGAAUCUGAUGACAUGCUCUAUAAUAUCAUAUUUUGAUCGGUUCGCUAACGACCAUAUACUUGUUGAAGGGGCCUAGGAAGCACCACUCGACUGGCUAUCUAUGGAGUCACUAUCGUUCUAGCUGCCUCGUUUUUGCUGCUACAAAGAUUUCUAAGUGGCGACCCUUUCUUUCCGCGUGCCGACUACAGAUCCUACAAUAUCGUUAAUCGGAAACUAUUCCUGGAACUCUAUGAUGCGGAUGAGCUGCCGAAGGCUCCCAUCGAAGAAUUGAGAGGUGAGGCUCAAAAGGGGCCCUAUGGUUCACCCGGCUGUGGGAACUGGUUUUAACACGGUAUCAAGGCACCCGCUUGAGGUUCGCAUGGAUCCAGGCUUCAUGUUUCGGCGGUCUCGUGUCCGUCAACGCAGCUCUGCUGAUCUUGCGGUGUCUACGGGGCGAGAUUAUAAUCGAUGAGGGUAGGCCCAUGGUUUCCCCUAUGCUGCUUUAGGGUUAUGUGCUUACGUACCGGUAUGUAUGUGGGGAUUUAGUCGCUGAACUUGUUUACUGGACAUUCCUGUCCACCCUCUUUCUAUACCGUUUCUACCCUAACCCCUAUAGACCGACAUUACAAACCCUGACAUCUGUGGGGAGUCUUGUACCAUUGCUGCUAAUCAUGGAACGUGAUAUAUUACCUAAAUUGCUUUUACAUCCAUCGCGUGAGAGGCUUCUUGAUGUUCGCACUGGAUGGGUAGUAUAUACUCGACUUGGGCUGACGCUAGCCAUCGGUAUCUUGGCUUUGGCUACGCCCCGAGUGUGGUAUCCGGUAGACCCUUCAGCAGGCAGUGAACCCACUCCCGAACAGGUAUGGAAAUUGGACACAUUAUGUGGGGUUGCGGUAAGCUCUAAUAGAAAGUGAUAGGUUGCGUCGCCUUUCAGUUAUGCCAUCAGUUACUAUUGGAUAGAGAGCAUUAUACGUAUUGCCUAUCGCAGGGACGUUGAAGUAGAAGACUUGCCACCGAUUCCCGACUAUGAUCGCGGGAAAUUGUGGAGUAGGAUGAUUGCUAAUCAUCAACGGUCCACCACUUUCUGGACCUUGCUGUCACUCAUGAAAUACGAGUUGUUGCUCAUGACGCUCUUUAGUUUCCUUAUAGGUGCUACGCAGGUGUGAUAAUUUCUCUCUCGGAGAAUAAAAGUAUUUGCUAAGAAUGCAUCGUUAGUUUAUCUGGCCUCUUUCCAUGAAACACCUCUUGGCAUAUAUUGAAGGAUCGUCCCAACCUGUUAUCACCCCUUGGGCUUUUGUCAUGGGGAUGUUUUUGGGGCCUCUCCUUGGCGGCGUAGCGUGGGAAGCUUAUGUCUUUCAGUCCAACCGGUAUGAACGCGAUUGCUUGUCGAGUCGAGGGGUAGCUUGCUGAAAAAUCCUAGUGUGGGUAUUCGUGUUAAGGCAGCCCUCACUCAAUCGCUGCUCGAAAAGACUCUCAAAAUCAGAUUUACUGCUGAUUCGGUUAGCAAGGAAGAAAAGAAAAACACCGCCAAGACGGACAAGGGAAAGGGGGACAAAACCGAACCUGAGGAAGACCACCAGAAAUCGAGGGUUGGGAGGAUCAACAAUCUCAUGAGUUCUGAUCUGGCUCAGCUAUCCUCUGCUCGGUCUGUUUCCGCAUGUUCUAACUUGGGGGAAUCUGUUGCUGAUAUUUUUCUAUAGUGAUUUUUUCCUUGUCUUUGGAUCUGUACCAAUUGAGAUCUUGUUUUCCAUGAUUUUUCUCUAUGGACUACUGGGGUGGUCUAGUAUAGUUGGUGUAGCUAUGAUGAUCGUUACAAUGAUCAUACCUGGCAUACUUGCGAAACUACUGGCUAAAGUCCAAAGAAGGACUCGGUUGGCUAGCGAUGCUAGGAUAGAGGCGAUGACUGAGACACUCAACUCUGUUCGGAUUAUCAAAUUCUUUGGUAUGGAGAAAGUUUUCCUAUCGCGGAUCCGCGAGAAGAGAGAGACUGAGCUAUGGCUUUCUUUCCUCUCAAUGGUUUACACUUUGGGAUUUUAUACUGUUUCGCAUUUGCUGCCGAUUAUCAAUAUGGUAUGUAUUCACUAUUGGUUAAAUAGACCUUGGAGUAUAUUUUGACUAGGUUAGAUCGUUACGUUUGGAAUUUAUACGGAGGUCAUGAAACUGCCCCUGACUCCUAGUAUCGCAUUCACCUCGAUAAGGUUUGUCCCCGUUAAAGCUUAGUGUGACAUGUGUUGGGGGAGACACUUUCUGAUUGUGUGAAAUUCUAGCUUGUUUGAGAUCCUUAGCCAUCAGUUCUGUAUGUCAACCUCAGCUUUUAAACUGAGAGUUUUACUAACAGUUACUAGCAUGGGUGUCCCAUGUCACCCGAUCACUGAUAUCAGCCUUCAUUGCAUUCGAUCGUGUCGACAAAUUCUUGAUCGAAGAAGAGGAACUCGAGAGGGUAGAGCAGAUUGAAGGCACCGCAAAGAGAGAAAUUGGACCCUAUCUCAAAAAUGCAACACUUUCCUGGUCUAUGCCUGGAUCGGGAACGGAUGAUGGCUUUAGACUCGCUAGUAUCGACGUUGAGUGUGUGUAUGGCGGAUUAACUGUCAUUGCGGGCCCCGUGGGCUCCGGGAAGAGUUCAUUCCUGCUCGGGCUUUUGGAGGAGAUGCGGCUUUUGAAUGGCGAAAGGUUUUUGCCUCGUGGCGAUGGGGUUGCUUACGUUGCUCAAACAGCUUGGUUGCAGUCGUUAACUAUUAAAGAUAAUAUAUUGUUCGGUAGUCCAUAUGAAGAAAAGAGGUACAAUGCUGUUCUCGAGGCAUGUGGUCUGUCAGAGGACAUAGAGAAACUCGACGCGGGCGACCUUACAGAGGUAUUUAAAGAAUCCAUGGCCGGUGUUGCGCCAUAACCGCUAAUAUUCUGAACUAGGUCGGCGAGCAAGGGGGUAAGAAACUCGACGGGCGUAGGUUCGUGUAAGGAUAGUGCUGAUCUCUCUAGUAACCUUAUCCGGAGGUCAAAAAGCACGAUUAGCGUUGGCAAGGGUAUGCUUGCCCGGUUUCCCGCCAUGGCCCGGGGAAUUCUGCUAACGUGUCCAGGCUGUUUAUUCACCCGCGCAAACCGUUCUCCUUGACGACGUACUUUCAGCAUUAGAUGCUGGCACCAGCAAGUUGGUUUUUGAAAAAUGUAUCAAGGGCGAAGUAUUGGCUGGCAGGACAGUAGUUCUGGUCACACAUCAGUAUGUGCUGAAUGAACACCACUACGGAGCCUUGAGCUAAUAGGCCCUUCAGCUUAUCACUCGUUUCACCAGCCGCCAAGAAAAUUAUUGUGCUCGCCAACGGUCGGGUAGUUUCGGAUAGUAGCCCUGAAGCACUUUCCGAUGAUGCAAUUGAACUCUUGAGAGAAAAUGAAGAAGCUGAUAUAGUGACCAACGAUGUGGCACUGGUCGAGCUAGUCGAACAGCCGAUAGAAGCGAUAGUACCGGAAGCGAAGCCGAAGAAUUCUGGAAAGCUUGUUGCUGAAGAGGCUCGCAACAAGGGAAGAGUGCCAAAAAAGCUAGUGUUUGAAUACCUUAGGUAUUUUGGGCCAUUGAUUAUCACACUUGUCUUGGUUUUCAUUAGCAUGUUGGAUAAAGUGGUCGAGUGAGUGUCCCCUGGGCAUUCUUCACCGCGGUUUAUUCACUAACAAUAUGAAGCUUGGUUGAUACGUUUUAUAUUGGCCUUUGGUCUAGUGGGUUGCACUUGGACAUAGAUUUCUCAUCAGGCCAAGUGAGCUAACUACCUCUCUAGACGAAUACUCCAAACCGGGCCCGGUUGACGUUAAGUGGUGGCUGGUAAGAGCAUGAACUGUUUCCAAAUGUUUUCUUAGCGCUAACUUGUUUUAGUCGGUGUAUGCAGGUAAAGAUGAUACUGUCCGAUAGGUAAUACCGGUGCAAAUACGCUGACCGAGAUCAAUAGCUUUGUUGAUUGGAACAUCAAUUUUCAAUACCUUGGUCUACAGCAUUUGGUAUUUCUUCGCUUGGGUAGGGGCAAGGAGAAUUCAUGAGGAACUGGUAUCUGCAGUUUUGUACUCUCCGAUACGGUUUUUCGACACUACUCCCGUUGGAAGAAUAAUCAAUCGCCUCUCAAACGACAUCGCGUAAGUCCUCCUCGGUUCCUCCUCCCCCAGCGGUCUCGGCUGACAAUAGUAGCGCUCUCGAUAAUAACUUGGGUGCAUACGUAAAUAUUGUGCUUGAUCAACUGCUUGACAUAGUAUUUAGAGCGGUUGUCAUGACCGGAUUGUUGCCAGCCUUUUUUUUUCCAACAGUCUUGGUUUCCUUUUUCGGGAUCGCGUGCGGUGAACUGUAGGUUUGCCACUCGUCCUGCGUGAUCAUUUUUCUGACAGAAUUUAGUUAUGUUCGUGCCCAAAUAGGUGUCAAGAGAAUUAUCUCUGUCAAGGAGUCCCCCUUGAUUUCGCACUUUGGUGACACAAUUUCUGGUAUUGUCACGAUUCGGGCUUUCUCUUGUCAGGAGCGCUUUCGCGAGGAAAAUAUUAAGAGGAUUGAUGAUUUCACACAACCGUGAGUUCAGCUCCCUCGAGAUCCUUAGGUUUAUGUAUUGACCGGUCUAGAAAUGAGGUCAAUUAUAACCUGAAUCGAUGGAUUGGAAUCCGUACCAGUGUCUGUACUUCGAUCAUUGGUGCCGCUGCUGGAAUUAUAGCUCUUACGACAAAGGGCUCUUCCCCCGGUAUGAUUGGGUUUAGUAUGUCAAAUGCCUUAGCCUUUAGCUCUUCGAUCCUUUUUGCUGUGAGGUAUUUCAAUUUACUCGAGGUGGAACUCAAUUCCUUCGAACGUGUCAAGGAGUAUAUCGAAAUGAAGCAGGAGCCUUCAUCAAGGCCCGAAGCGGAGCCUCCCGCUGCAUGGCCCACUCAGGGUGACCUCAAGGUUACCGAGCUCUCAGUAAAGUAUUCUGAGGACGGCCCGGAAGUCUUGAAUAAGAUCAGCUUCGAAAUCAAGCCGAGCGAAAGGGUGGGUAUCGUUGGAAGGACCGGAGCCGGAAAGAGUAGUUUGGCUCUUAGUCUUUUACGUUUCACUGAAAUAUCCAAUGGUAGCAUAGUCAUCAAUGGAUUGGAUGUUCAGAAAAUCAACCUCGAGGCUCUGCGACAGCGCGUUACAAUCAUUCCGCAGGACCCUGUCUUAUUCUCUGGCACUAUUCGGACUAAUCUUGACCCUUUUGGUGGCCUGGAUGAUACGGAGCUUCAGGCCGCCCUUGAUGGAAGUGGGUUGGCGGGUGACAAAAUGGAUGGAGUUGACAGCGGCAUUGCAUCCGCUGCCACUUCUGGUACUGCGACCCCAACAGAGGCGGAAUCUAGUGCAGCGCCAAAAAACAAGAAAAUUGGACUUGACACCCAGAUUACGUCCGGUGGUGGAAACCUAUCCCAAGGGCAGAGACAACUACUAGCAUUCGCUAGAGCCCUCAUUCGGAGGUCAAAGUUGGUAAUAUUUGAUGAGGUAAGCAGCCACAGCACCUACGAGCCAUUUCUUUUGGUCGGCUUCAAAUAGUUUCCCGAAAUCUCCUGCGAAAUGUUAAUGUUAAGAGUAGGCAACGAGCUCGACCGAUUUGAAAACGUGAGACUCUUAAUUGGAAUGGUAUUUCAUCUUGGCUAACAGGUUUAACAAGAGACGAACGAAUUCAAGAAACCAUACGGACGAGUUUUCCCGAUUCAACUUUAAUAACAAUCGCUCAUAGGCUACGUAGGUUCCUCUCGUAUUGAGCCAUAAUACUUGAAGUUUUUUGCCUUUUUCCUGUCAUGCUAACCCCCUAUCACACACAGGCACUGUGAUGUCCUUUGACCGUAUAAUUGUAUUAGACAAUCUCGGAAAUGGCGGGGAGAUAGUGGAGUAAGUCCCGUUGGAAUUCGUAUUGUAAGAGUCUGUUUGCCGACUAAUUUGUGAAGAUUUGAUAUCCCACUCAAUCUGCUGCAGAACCCAGAGGGCAUGCUCUACAACCUAGCACGCAAGAGCGGGGAGUUUGAUGAAUUGCUGAAGUUAGCAAAGGACGGGGUUGAAGCCAGAUAACCUGCUGGAGGUUCUAUGCUUUUUUUCUUCUCCUUAUAAGUUAUAAGAAACCAGCUUCUGUUUAGUUUGCCAUACUCGAGUAAUAGAUACCUUUUUUACGUUGCGC